UGAGAAUCGAUAACUAUGGGUCAGAGCCGAGUCCGGAGUUUUGCGCACACCUGCUCGAGCCCCGCACGCGGUUCUCAGGGGGACUCGGGGCGCCUUUCUGUUCAGGCGUCGCCGCGGGCAGGCCCUCCGGUCCGGGGUCCUCCCUGCGGCAGGAGAGCUCCGGCAGUCCUCCUCCAAGAUGGCGGCGCUGUUGGCGCUGCCAGCCUAUGGGGGCCCUACAAAGACAUUUGGCACACAGUCGUAAAUGCUCUUUGGAGAAGACAACCUGAAGCUGUCCACCUUCUUGACAUGAUUUUGAAGAAACACAAACCGGACUUCAUCUCACUGUUUAAAAACCCACCAAAAAACGUUCAACAGCAUGAGAAGGUUCAGAAAGCCGGUACAGAGGGUGUUGCCAUCCAGGGGCAACAAGGAACCAGACUUCUCCCUGAGCAGCUCAUUAAAGAAGCUUUUAUCAUCAGUGACCUUUUUGAUAUUGGGGAGUUGUCAGCUGUUGAGCUUCUCCUUGCUGGAGAACAUCAGCAGCCACACUUCCCUGGCCUCACCAGAGGAUUGGUAGCUGUCCUUUUAUAUUGGGAUGGAAAGCGGUGCAUUGCAAAUUCUCUUAAAACCCUGAUACAGUCUAGACGAGGGAAGACAUGGACAUUGGAACUCAGUCCAGAGUUGGUUUCCAUGACAACACGCUUUACAGAUGAGCUGAUGGAACAAGGAUUGACUUACAAAGUUCUUACUUUGGUGUCACAGAUUGACGUGAAUAAUGAGUUUGAGAAACUACAGAGAGAGAGAGGUUUGGGCAGUGAGAAACACCGCAAAGAGGUUUCUGAUCUCAUCAAGGAGUGCAGGCAAUCUCUGGCAGAAAGUCUUUUUGCCUGGGCUUGCCAGUCACCAUUAGCCAAAGAUGACACCCUCCUCCUUAUUGGACAUUUGGAAAGAGUAACGGUUGAGGCUAACGGCUCCCUGGACGCAGUGAAUCUGGCUCUCCUUAUGGCUCUUCUCUACUGUUUUGAUACCAGCUUUAUAGAACAAAGCACAGAGGAACGAGAUGAUAUGAUUCAUCAGCUUCCACUGUUGACAGAGAGACAGUACAUUGCAACAAUUCAUUCUCGUCUCCAGGACUCACAGCCUUGGAAGCUUCCUGGGCUGCAGGCCACUGUUAGACUUGCCUGGGCACUGGCAUUGAGGGGAAUAUCCCAGCUACCUGAUGUAACAGCCCUGGCUGAGUUCACGGAAGCUGAUGAAGCAAUUGCUGAACUUGCCAUUGCCGAUAGCGUCUUCUUAUUCCUCACCGAGUCUGUGGUGCUAUCCGAAAACUUCUAUCAGGAAGAAUUUUACAUUCGCAGAACCCAUAAUCUCAUUACAGACUUCCUUGCAUUUAUGCCAAUGAAAGUGAAGCAGCUGAAGAAUCGGGCGGAUGAAGAUGCUCGAAUGAUUCACAUGAGCAUCCAGAUGGGAAACGAGCCCCCUAUCUCACUGAGGAGGGACCUGGAACACUUAAUGCUCCUGAUUGGUGAACUAUACAAAAAGAACCCUUUCCAUUUGGAGCUUGCUCUGGAAUACUGGUGUCCCUCAGAGCCCCUGCAGACUCCAACGAUCAUGGGCUCCUACCUGGGAGUGGCUCAUCAGCGACCCCCUCAGCGCCAGGUUGUCUUGUCAAAGUUUGUGAGACAAAUGGGUGACCUGUUGCCGCCAACUAUUUAUAUUCCUUAUUUAAAAAUGCUCCAGGGCUUGGCCAAUGGACCUCAGUGUGCCCACUACUGUUUUAGCCUGCUCAAAGUCAAUGGUAGCAGUCACGUUGAAAACAUUCAGGGAGCAGGCGGCAGUCCUGUAUCCUGGGAGCAUUUCUUUCACUCCUUACUGCUUUAUCAUGAACAUCUCCGAAAGGACCUGCCAAGUGCAGAUAGUGUCCAGUACCGUCACCUUCCUUCACGUGGUAUCACCCAGAAGGAGCAGGAUGGACUGAUUGCUUUUCUGCAGCUAACAUCUACUAUCAUUACUUGGAGUGAAAAUGCUCGCUUGGCGCUUUGUGAGCAUCCGCAGUGGACGCCUGUCGUGGUGAUUCUGGGGCUCCUGCAGUGCAGUAUUCCCCCAGUUCUCAAAGCUGAGCUACUGAAGACACUUGCAGCCUUUGGAAAGUCUCCUGAAAUUGCUGCUUCACUUUGGCAGUCGUUGGAAUACACUCAGAUACUGCAGACCGUCAGGGUUCCAAGCCAGAGGCAAGCUAUUGGUAUUGAGGUUGAACUCAAUGAAAUAGAGUCACGUUGUGAAGAAUACCCCUUGACUCGGGCCUUUUGCCAGUUGAUCAGUACCCUGGUGGAGAGCUCAUUCCCUUCCAAUCUGGGUGCUGGCCUGCGCCCCCCUGGCUUUGACCCUUAUUUGCAGUUCCUCAGAGAUUCUGUGUUUCUCAGAUUCCGUACGCGAGCUUACCGGAGAGCAGCUGAAAAGUGGGAAGUUGCUGAGGUUGUCUUGGAAGUAUUUUAUAAGCUACUGAGAGAUUAUGAGCCUCAGCUUGAAGAUUUUGUAGAUCAGUUUGUGGAGCUACAAGGAGAAGAAAUCAUAGCCUAUAAGCCACCUGGCUUCAGUCUGAUGUAUCAUCUUCUGAAUGAGUCACCGAUGUUGGAACUUGCUCUCAGUUUACUGGAAGAAGGAGUUAAGCAGCUAGAUACCUACGCGCCUUUCCCUGGGAAGAAACACCUGGAAAAAGCAGUUCAGCAUUGCUUAGCACUUCUCAAUCUCACUCUGCAAAAGGAGAACCUUUUCAUGGACCUUCUGAGAGAGAGUCAGCUGGCUCUCAUCGUCUCUCCUUUGGAACAGCUCUUGCAGGGAAUUAAUCCCAGAACUAAGAAGGCUGACAAUGUGGUUAACAUUGCCAGGUAUCUAUAUCAUGGGAACAGUAAUCCUGAAUUGGCAUUUGAAAGUGCCAAGAUCCUCUGCUGUAUCUCUUGCAAUUCCAACAUUCAGAUCAAAUUGGUUGGCGAUUUCACACAUGACCAGAGUGUGAGCCAGAAGCUGAUGGCUGGAUUCGUAGAGUGCUUGGAUAGUGAAGACACAGAAGAAUUUGUUCGUGUUGAAGAGGGUUCAGAAUAUGAAAAGAAGUUAGCUGCAAUCCGCCAUGAAACGAGAAUCCACAUCUUGAAUCUUCUCAUUACAUCUCUAGAACGCAAUCCACCCAAUCUUGCUCUCUACCUGUUGGGCUUUGAAUUGAAGAAACCCAUCAGUACUACAAAUCUGCAAGACCCAGGAGUGUUAGGCUGCCCUCGGACCUGCCUGCACGCCAUCUUCAACAUCCUGGAGAAAGGGACAGAAGGGAGAACUGGCCCUGUGGCUGUGCAGGAGUAUCCUCAGCUGGCCGAGCUGUGCUACCAGGUGAUCUAUCAGUUAUGUGCGUGCUCUGAUACAUCUGGUCCUACUAUGAGGUACUUGAGAACCAGCCAGGAUUUCUUGUUUUCUCAGUUGCAACAUCUUCCUUUCUCUAACAAAGAGUAUGAAAUCUCUAUGCUGAAUCAAAUGUCGUGGCUUAUGAAGACUGCCUCAAUAGAACUAAGAGUGACUUCUCUGAAUCGCCAGCGGUCACAUACGCAGAGGCUUCUGCACCUCCUCCUGGAUGACAUGCCAGUGAAGCCGUACUCAGAUGGUGAAGGAGGAAUAGAAGACGAAACUAGGUCUGUCUCUGGAUUCCUUCAUUUUGACACUGCCACAAAAGUCCGUCGAAAGAUUCUAAGUAUUCUUGAUUCGAUUGACUUCAGUCAGGAGAUUCCUGAGCCUCUGCAGCUGGAUUUUUUUGACCGUGCUCAGAUUGAGCAAGUCAUUGCCAACUGUGAGCACAAGAAUUUACGGGGACAGACGAUCUGCAAUGUCAAGCUUCUUCAUAGGGUUCUCGUAGCUGAAGUCAAUGCUCUUCAGGGUAUGGCAGCCAUAGGACAGAGGCCUUUGCUGAUGGAGGAAAUCAGCACUAUUCUUCAGUAUGUUGUUGGAAGAAACAAGUUGCUGCAGUGUCUUCAUGCAAAACGACACGCGCUGGAAUCAUGGAGGCAGCUGGUAGAGAUUAUACUAACUGCUUGUCCUCAGGAGCUCAUCCAGGCAGAAGAUCGACAACUGAUUAUUCGUGACAUUUUACAAGAUGUACAUGAUAAGGUGCUGGAUGAUGAAGCAGCACAGGAGUUGAUGCCAGUGGUGGCCGGCGCUGUGUUCACCCUGACCGCUCACCUUAGCCAGGCUGUCCGCACAGAACAGAAGCAGCCACUUGUCUCGGGACCUGGCGAGGCCCCUUACGCGUUCAUGCUUGAUAGUUCUUGGACCUCCCCUCCUGCAGCAGAGAACCGGCCAAUGGGCUUUGCUUCUAUUGGAGACUCUUCGCUGCACAUCAUAUUGAAGAAACUGCUAGACUUUAUUUUGAAGACAGGUGGUGGUUUCCAGCGUGUGAGGACUCACCUGUACGGCUCUCUACUUUAUUACCUACAGAUUGCCCAGAGACCAGAUGAGCCAGACACAUUAGAAGCUGCUAAGAAAACUAUGUGGGAAAGGCUGACAGCCCCUGAAGAUGUGUUUAGUAAAUUACAACGAGAAAAUAUGGCUAUCAUUGAAAGUUAUGGUGCUGCCCUCAUGGAAGUGGUCUGCCGAGACGCUUGUGAUGGCCACGAGAUCGGAAGGAUGCUGGCCCUGGCUCUUCUUGAUCGGAUUGUCUCUGUGGACAAGCAGCAGCAGUGGCUCCUGUACCUUUCUAACAGUGGCUAUUUGAAGGUCCUUGUGGAUAGCUUGGUGGAAGAUGACCGUACUCUGCAGAGCUUGCUGACUCCACAGCCUCCUCUCUUAAAAGCCCUUUAUACCUAUGAAUCCAAAAUGGCGUUGCUCACAAGAGUGGCUAAGUUACAGCAAGGCGCAUUGGAGCUCCUAAGGUCUGGGGUGGUUGUGAGGCUAGCACAGUGCCAGGUAUAUGACAUGCGCCCAGAGAUGGACCCACAUGGCAUGUUUGGUAUGAGAGACCCCCCAAUGUUCAUCCCAACGCCCGUGGAUCGAUACCGGCAAAUUCUUCUUCCAGCCCUCCAGCUAUGCCAGGUCAUCCUCACGUCGAGUAUAGCCCAGCACUUGCAGGCAGCAGGACAGGUGCUGCAGUUUCUCAUUUCGCAUUCCGAUACCAUCCAGGCGAUCCUGCGCUGUCAUGAUGUUAGCGCCGGCUCCUUGCAGGAAUUAGCUCUGCUGACAGGAAUCAUAAGUAAAGCAGCACUUCCUGGUAUGUUAAGUGAACUCGAUGUUGACGUAAAUGAAGGAUCCUUAAUGGAGCUCCAGGGACACAUUGGAAGAUUUCAGGUAACUGACUUAUUUCUUGAAAUAGUCAUUUUAAGAUGCUCUCAGGCUAUUCCUAAACUGCUCCUUUGCACCCUCAUUAAGAAGCAGCCAAGUAAAAGGAAGAAUGACUUAAAGCUGUCAGUUCAGCAACCAGAACAGUGCAGAUUAGAGGAAAUGUGUGUUAAGUGGAGCACUGUUUUCUCUUACCUAUUAGACACCCAGGUUCCAGUGGUUCCAUAUUGGCGCCUGCCUGGCUUGGGCAUUAUUGUCUACCUGCUGAAACAGAGUGCCAGUGAUUUCUUCAGCUAUUAUGACAGCCACCGACGCAGUCUCAACAAGCUACAGAAUGUAGAGCAACUUCCCCCAGAUGAGAUAAAAGAGUUGUGCCAGUCUGUGAUGCCCGCUGGUGUUGAUAAAAUCUCUACUGCACAGAAGUGUGCCUUAGCGAGACGGCGUCUGGUGAAACUGAUCAAUAAUCGAGCCAAGCUGCUGUCCCUCUGUUCCUUUAUCAUAGAGACCUGCCUGUUUAUUCUUUGGCGCCAUCUGGAGUACUACUUGUUACACUGCACUCCAACAGAUUCCCAAGACUCGUUGUUUGCCUCUAGGACUUUAUUUAAAAGCAGAAGACUACAAGAUUCCUUUUCCUCAGAACCCAACCUGGACUUCAGAAGUGGGCUGGCUUCAGUGAGCCAACAUGAUAUAGACCAGCUUCAGUCUGAUGCCAUCAAUGCUUUUGGAGAAUCACUACAAAAGAAGCUGCUGGACAUUGAAGGGUUAUAUUCCAAAGUUCGCUCCCGCUACAGUUUCAUCCAGGCCCUUGUCAGACGCAUCCGUGGCCUGCUGAGGAUAUCGAGGAGUUGAGAGCCAUGCCUUUGCUCUUCUGUGGAAGAGAUGAACUGAGGAAAACCAUCUCCUUUUUAUAGAUGACUUUAUUUCUAAAUUAUGACCAAAAGAUAUUUUGCUAUUUCUUUCUUGAUAUAUGGACAUCUUUUCUGUAAACCUCUGCCUUAUUUCAUCCUCACUUGUGAACAAUAAAAUACUUUUUAAAAAAUAACAAAACAAAUGUA